AUGAAUGUCAGUGUAGAACCCUGUCACGAUUUCUACGAGUAUGCCUGCGGAAACUAUGGAAAUGUAAAGCCAGAAGUGCGGUCCAGUUUCUAUGACAUCAAUAAAAUCACGAGAGAUUUGGUGGGCAUGACGGAUCUGGCGGAGACCCUCAACGUGUCCGUGGAAUUCGAGGUGGCUCAAAGGUUCUACAACACCUGUCUAGAGGCUAAUCUCUAUCCGUUCCAUGCGAAUGAUCCCGCCUUCCUAGAGCUCAUCCGGUCGAUUGGAGGUUUCCCCGCCGUUGAUGGUGCCGCUUGGAAUGCCUCCAACUUUAGCUGGUUCAAUAUGAGCGCCCAUAUGCUAAAUUACGGGGCAACAGGACUGUAUCGUGAGGAGCUCUCACCGCAACAUCCCUUUGAAGCGAGCUUGGGUACCUCAUGGUUGGGAUUCGAUGCCAUUGCAAAUCUGAAGGCCGUGGAAAGUGCAAGUUCUCACGCCUUCCGAGUGAACGAGGAGCGGAUGCGCGGUUACCUUAGAUCCUUUGAACUUCCUGAGGAUAGGAUAAACAAUGUCAUCAAGGGGGUGUUUACCUUCUGGCUUGAGGCUGCGGCAAUACUUGGAGUAGGUCAAUACGAUACCGACUUUGACGUUACCAACUAUUUCGAGAUCGCCUGGAACAAGAGCAAUAGAACAUCUGUUAACAACUUUUAUCUCGUGGAAAUGGACAAGGUCUGUGCCCGGCAUCCUGAAGCGGCGGCCAAUUAUCUGGCGAUGAAGUUGCUCUACACAUUCGACGCCAGACUUGAGGCGUCCCAGAAUAACAACGAUUAUUGCACUACAAAGCUUCGGGAUUCCAUGCCGUUUCUGUUUGACAAACUUUACUUGGCGGUGCAUUUUAGGGAGGAGAAAAGUAGGGAAAUUUCUGAAAUUGUGGAGGAACUACGAAAAAGCCUAAGGGCGCUUGGAAAUGUCGACUGGUUGCGCUCGGAGUCUCGUCAGAAGAUACUGCUCAAGGAAUCCAGCCUUUCGUCUCAUGUCGGGUCCAUAGAGGACAAAAAGCUCACCGAUCGUCUAGUCCGGGAGUAUCGUCGCCUGGAAAUAGUCAAAGAUAACUACGCUGCCACCAUUAUUAAUCUGCAACGCCUCAAAGUCGAAAUAGAUCGCUAUAGCACCCGCCACUCCGGGGAGCUGCCUAGUAACACCAAGCCCCAGGAACUUUUAUUGGCUAUGCAGGAGCUGGCGGCCUACAAUCCCAUAGAUAACUCCAUUAACAUCCUGGCCGGCAUCCUGCAUCCACCGCUUUACCAUCAAUCCUGGCCAAUCUCCAUGAAAUUCGGCGCCUUGGGCUCCAUUGUGGGACACGAGUUGGCCCACAGCGUCCAUACGUUAUCCUGGUUUGGGGUACGAUGCUUUGUGGAUUUCUAUAGUGACUACCUGGUUCCCGAGAUCGAUCGCUAUAUCAAUGGAGAGGCUUCGGUGGAGGAGAACAUUGCCGACAACGCUGGAUUGCAACUCGCAGUAGCAGCCUAUCGCAGCUAUAGGAAUGAAUCUCUGGAGGAUCAGCGAAUGCCGGGAAUCGACCUGCUGCCCGAGCAGCUCUUCUUUCUGGCUUUCGCUCAGCAUUAUUGCUCUGAUUAUAAGGAGGAAAACUACUGGAUGAAACUGAACAGUGAACACACCAUUCCAAAGUACCGGGUUCUGGGCAGCUUGUCCAACAACAAGGACUUCUUCAAGGCCUUCAAUUGUGCCGAGGGAAGGGGCAUGCGACCAUAUGGAGGAACUUGCUCAAGUUGGUAGUUUUAAUAAAGCGAGCAAUGCCGGAAAAUUAAAUAUUAAAAAAUAAGUUCAUUGUACCCUAUUUCCUUAUUUUAUAUGGGACAGUUUGAAAUAAAACGUUGAUUUUA